AUGGCGAAAGGGGUAAGACAAGGUGACCUGCUUUCUCCCUUCCUCUUCAUCAUUGUGAUGGAAGGGUUAACCUUGGUGAUGAAUACGACGAUUCAAAAAUGUGUUUUUGAUGGGAUAAAUUUCCCAAACUCUAACAUUUGUUUGUUUCAUUUAUUUUACGCAUAUGAUGCAUUAUUCAUUGGAGAAUGGUCGAGGCAUAACAUUGCUAAUUUGGCAAGGAUCUUGAGAUGCUUUUAUGUUUCGUCUAGGUUGAAAGUUAAGUUUAGCAAGUCUAAGGUGUUUGGAGUUGGAACAUCCCUUAUUGAAGUAUCACAUUGUUCUGCUCCUCUUGGUUGUGAGCCAUCAUCUCUCCCGUUCACUUACCUUGGCAUUCCGAUGGGAGAAAACAUGAACUUGAAGAAUGAUUGGUGGCCGAUUAUUGAGAAGUUUCAUUCUAAGCUCUCAUCUUGGAAAGCGAAAUUGCUUAGCUUUGGAGGUAGAGUAACUCUUGUAAAGGCGGUUCUUGGUAAUCUUACCACCUUUUUAUGUCCAUCUUUUUUGUUCCAAAUUGAGUCAUUUAUACCCUUGAGAAAAUUAGAAGGAGAUUUAUUUGGAGUAGUGAGUUCGAUAAGAAAAGUAUUAGCUGGGUUGCUUGGGAAACGCUAUAGCUCAAAAAAGGGUGGUGGUAUUGGGCCAGGUUCCAUCAAAACCCUUAAUAUUUCUUUGUUAGCUAAGUGGAUGUGGUGCUUGAAAUUAGAUUACUCUGCCUAG